AUGGAGUCUGAACAAUCGAAUCUCCAAACACCUCCGAAAACUCAAUCCGUCAACCACGAAGUCACCGUUUUGAACUCUGAAUCGCCGCCUCGGAUGCUCCCUGAAACCGUCAAAAAUCAUGAAUCUCCUCCACGAGCCUCCAUCAACGAUUCAAUGAAGAAAAUCGUGACACCCGAUCGUCUCAGAGUCCCUGUUGCUUUCAAGCACCCAGAGAGGUACAGAAGUCCAACAGACGCAAUGAUGUCUCCAGUUACUCAAGGUCUUCUCGCAAGAAGCAGAAAGCCUUCCAGUUCUCUUAUUCCACCCAGCUUCAACCUAUCCAAGGCUUAAUUUUUUUUUCAAUCAUCGACCAAAUUGAUUAUCCGGUCUAUCUUUUGUAGCUUGAACCGAAUAAAGUUUUUGAUUGUUUUGUUGGCUAAUAUAUGUACCUUUUCACUAUCUUGGACCUGCGUUACUAUUUUUUUUUUGCUCGUGCUCGUUUUACGAGAAAUAUCAAUACAAAUCCAUUGACUAGUCUCCGUCUCCGAUAAUCUUGGUUGUGGGAUUUCAACUUUUGUGUAAGCUAAACCGAACCAACUAAACUGCUUCUAACCGAAAUAUAGAAAGCGAUUUAGAUUUUAGUAGUGUAAUAUACCAAACAUAUAU